AUGGGAGUCACCUUCGUGAACGCGGUGAGUUUCGUGCGGGCCUCCCGACGCUGCCGGCCUCUGCGCCGCUUAGGGCGCCCGUCAUCGACAUCCCGAGGCGGGCAGUCGGUUCGCGAGUAUGUUCCCAGUGCACUUUGCUGUCCCAGUCGAGCUAGCAUUUUAACAGGAAAAUAUCCCCAUAACCAUCAUGUUGUCAAUAAUACUCUGGAGGGAAACUGUAGCAGCAAAUCGUGGCAGAAGAUCCAAGAGCCAUAUACAUUCCCUGCCCUGCUCAAAACUGCGUGUGGCUAUCAAACAUUCUUUGCUGGAAAGUAUUUGAAUGAGUAUGGCGCAGAGGAUGCAGGGGGAGUAGGUCACGUACCUCCCGGAUGGAGUUUUUGGUAUGCUUUGGAGAAAAAUUCCAAGUACUACAACUAUACUUUGUCCGUGAACGGCAAAGCACGCAGGCAUGGUGAGAACUACAGCGUGGAUUACCUCACAGACGUCCUGGCCAACAUGUCUUUGGACUUCUUGGAGUACAAAUCAAACUUUGAACCCUUCUUCAUGAUGAUCUCUACCCCUGCACCACACUCACCCUGGACAGCUGCUCCUCAGUAUGCAAAGAGUUUUCAGAACGUCAGCGCACCAAGAAACAGCAAUUUUAACAUCCAUGGCAAGAACAAGCACUGGUUAAUUCGACAAGCAAAGACUCCAAUGACUAACUCUUCAAUACAGUUUCUUGAUGAUGCUUACAGAAAGAGGUGGCAAACUCUGCUGUCAGUAGAUGACCUGAUAGAGAAGUUAGUGAAGAAACUGGAAUUUCAUGGAGAGUUAGAUAACACUUACAUCUUUUAUACCUCAGAUAACGGCUUUCAUACUGGCCAGUUCUCACUGCCAAUAGACAAACGGCAAUUGUACGAGUUUGAUAUCAAAGUUCCACUGCUAGUCCGAGGACCAGGAAUAAAACCAAAUCAGACCAACAAGAUGCUUGUUGCAAACAUCGACUUGGGUCCCACUAUUCUGGAUAUCGCAGGGUAUGACCUGAACAAGACUCAGAUGGAUGGGAUGUCACUACUGCCACUGCUGAGAGGAGACAAGAACGUUUCCUGGAGAUCGGACUUCUUGGUGGAGUACCAAGGAGAAGGCUACAACGGCAGCGACCCUACCUGCCCUGGCCUGGGACCUGGCGUGACACACUGCUUCCCGGACUGUGUGUGUGAAGACUCCUACAACAACACGUACGCCUGCGUGCGGACCCUCUCGGCCUCCUGGGACCUGCAGUACUGCGAAUUCGAUGACCGCGAGGUGUUUGUGGAAGUGUACAACUUGACUGCAGACCCGCACCAGAUCAAUAAUAUUGCUAAAACGAUAGACCAAGAAAUUCUGGAAAAGAUGAACUAUCGACUAAUGAUGCUGCAGUCCUGUUCAGGAGCAACGUGCCGCACGCCAGGUGUCUUUGAUCCCGGGUACCGGUUUGACCCACGCCUCAUGUUCAGCAAUCACGGCGUUCGGGCUCGCAGGUUUUCUGCCCAGUCCCUAUAGAGCAUUUAGGAGCUCUUCGUGAUCAGCUCCCAAUGACCAGUUUCUCCAGUGACUGCAGCAGGUCUGUUUCUCACCUUUGAUCACAGCUGGAAGACUAUUAAUGGGCUGUUCAAACCCAGUUUGGAAGAAACCCCCUCGUCUUUAGCUGGUUGCCUUGUGCAACAUGUAACUUUACAGCUGAACUGUAAUUCUAAAUUGUCAGACAUAGCUAAUCUGUCUUGCUCAGAUAAUUGAUUACCACCUUUGUCUUUCAAGUACUUUUUUUCUUAUCACAGGCAUAGAGGUGACCUAUGGCCUCCAAAUCUGAACACAGUUUUUUUUCUUAAAAAAAAAAACA